AUGGACUGUUGUGUGACGUGUACGCAGACCAGGUGCGCAGACGGGAAGGCCGCCAACAGGGCCGGGUCCUUUGCUCAUCUUUUUGCUAACCCUGGGGAAAUCGACGACACAAGUGUGACCUCUCUCACCGUACUGGGAGUCCAUUUCUCUGAAGACACCAGAGAACACAACAUCUCAGCUGCUCCUAUGAUCCUUACAAUCGGACUGGGAACCCAUCGCUCUCGCAGUGCUUCAAACCAGACGCUUCAAUUUAUCUACGGACCGGAUCCUGCCUGCGGACAAGCCCCCUGCCUCCCACCGAAACUUUGUCUCCACACGCCGUCCCAUGUCGGCGAGGAAGGAACUCUGAGGAGCAUGGCAAGACGCGCUUCGACAAAUACACAAGUUUCUGAGGCGUUUCAGAAGCGCGACUUCCUCGUCAAUUUGUGUUUCGAGGGGGAACUUCUUCUCAGUGCGUUGUCAAGGAGGAGAAGCGUUCUCCGCAAUUCCUUCUCGAAAAAGGUUUCUCCGUUUCCUCUACAGAGGGAAACCUUCUCGAUUCGCUGA